AUGGCAAGAAAUCGACGGGGAUAUCAUCGCCCUCAAAACGAGGAACCUACAUGGCAGGAAGAUCAACCUUGGCAAGACCGCACUCGUUCAAAUCAGCAAGCCAACCAAAGUCUCAGGUUCCAGGCUCCGACAAGACCUCGUACGGAAAAGUUCAAUAACAAAAACCCUUUCCAAAAGUGCAAAUACUCACGUCCUUCGGCCUGGGACGCCAACUCCCAUCAGGACCCCGCCCACCUGCAAGUACAUGGCCGCUUCGAUCACAACUUCGUCACAAAAUCCAAGAAACUGAAAGAGUACCUCGUGCGGUCCCUCUCCCAGGCUCUGAGUCAGAUAGAGCAAUGGUAUCCUGAUCCUGGUGAUGACGAAAUGGACUGGCAACACGAGGAAGAAAUCGUGGUAACGAAGCCUCUGGAGGUGUGCUACGUCUGGGGCACAGGCGGCGGAUUUCCGAACGGUGUAGGGGAGGCGAUCCCCAGGUGGUCUCCACCCACGACUGUCGCGAAUGGGGUGGGCUUUGGUGGCAACAGAGCUAUGUGUGCUCAGAUGAGAGAGUCUCUGCCCCGGGAGAAUGCCAGCCAGCCAAAAAAUUCGGGGGCUAGUGUUUCGUCGUCGCUGAGUGUCGAAUCUGGGAUUGCUUGA